UAAGACGCAGGUGAUCGACGCCGUCAACGUUCACUACAAGGACAAAGCAAGAGCAACACAGAGUGCACUUCUCACUGCACCCGCACCAUUUCUAGUAAUAUAUACGCACAAAGAUGAGCUCAUGAUUAGACACCUGUCGGGGCUGCGUGGGCUGGGCUGCGCGCGGCGGACGAGUGCCCGCCAAACCGUGCACUUCCGCCCCUUCCCGCGCGCCCCCUGCACCACCAAGCUUAUGAGCACCGAGUCGGAAUCCGCAGCCCACGAGGCCGCCUCGCCCGCAGCCGAUCCGCCGGCCUGGCUGCAGCGGAUUAAGUCCAACUACUGCCGCGUGUGCGGGUCGCCGCUGAAACUGCUGAGGCCGGACGGGGAGCGCGAGUGGCGGCACGUGUGCGGCAGCUGCGGCUAUGUGGACUACCACAACCCCAAACUGGUGGUGGGGUGUAUUGUGGAGCACGAGGGAAAGAUCCUGCUGUGCCGGCGCGCCAUUGAGCCAUGCCGGGGGCUGUGGACGCUGCCGGCGGGUUUCAUGGAGCUAAAUGAGUCCACGGCGGCGGGCGCGGCGCGUGAGACGUGGGAGGAGGCCAACGCGGCAGUCAAGGUGCUUGCUCCGUACGCGCACUGGGACAUCCCCGUCAUUGGCCAGGCCUACAUCCUGUUCAGGGCCGCACUGGCGCCGCCCUACACCUUCUCCGCCGGCCCCGAGUCCCUAGAGGUGGCGCUGUUCUCUCCGGAGUCCAUUCCCUUCGACCAGCUGGCCUUCAGCAGUGUGUCCAUCACCCUGCGACUGUACCUGGAAGACCUGAGGACAGGCACCUUCAGGGCGCACCACGGCGUGAUUGACAAGCGGCCCGGGUCACAGCCCAACGACCCCGGCGCCUUCGCGCUGCGUGACCACAUGGCCCUGGAGCUGGGAGGAGCCAGCGCCACUGCGGCCGGACCGGGCGUGCAGCAGUAGCAGCAGCGGCAGUAGCAGCAGUGGCAGCAGUGGCAGCAGUCACUAAUUUGGGAGUACUGGCAGCGGUCGCGAUUUUCUCGGCGAUUCGGCAGGUGUGGCAGGGCCGCAUGGCCACAACAUGUACGUAAGCCGGCUGCAGCGGACGCCCGUGCACGCAAUUGUGGGCCACAUGGGGUGGAGAGCGGAGGCAGAGAGUGAUGGUGGUGGGGAGGGGGCGGCGCCACGAGGCGGCGACUGUGCUGUGCUGCGGAAUGUCGCCAGCCGCAGCGCCGUUGCUGCGGAGGUGUGUGGAUGUCAAGGCGUACACCGAUGGGUGCUGAGCUGGCGUGGUCGAGAGCGUGCGAGAUGGAUGCUGCCUCGGCAUUCUUUCAGCCUGUGAGGCCGAGGGAGGUCAACAACGGCGGGGCAUGUGUGGCGGGAGGUCCGUUGGGCGCUCCAAUGGACUCAAUGGUCCCUCAGGAGCAUGUGUGCAUUGGGGGAUGGGCGCCGUGCAAAUGCGGCGGUGCAGCAAGCACAUUAGACUCAAGCCAUCUGGGGGUGAACGUGCGUGUUUGGUGCUGGGAUGGAAGACUCCCGCGUGUGGCAUGGCAUGUGCAUGGCUGACCAGCGCUCUGACGACUGAAGCAGCCGGGGUUCAACGCACGGCGCAGUACUGGCGUGCGCGCGGUUGGUCGGCUUACUCGGCUAGUGCUGUCCAUUGAUUGUUUGGAGCGGCUUGGAACGAGCAAGGGCUGCAAGAGCACCAUGUGCAUGGUGCUGUAUGUGUACGGUAUGUGCGACACGCCCUUGUUACGCCCCGGCUACGGACCGACAGCAGGGCUAGGACUUGGAACAGCUGUCGAGGUGGCGGGCUCAUUAAGCCACUGGGCUGUGUAGGACUGCGGGCCAACGACCAGGGG